GAUGUCAAACAACCUUCAUAACUUUCGUUUCCUCAGUAUCGAAAACAUUUGUUCUGGGCUCCGACUUUCGUGCACUUCAUGACCGAACAUUGAAAAACAGUGAUCAAGAAUGAGUCAAGGAUUUGGUUUUGGUGGAUCUUCAGGGUUUGGCGCUCCUGUAAAGGCAGUUCCAGCUUUUGGUGCCACAGUUCCAGUUUUUGUUUCAGGUUUUGGUGCUCAAAAACCUGAAAGAGCGGCUCCAAGUCCUGUUUUAGGCAGCAGCUUCACACCUGCAUCUGUCAGCACUUCUUCUUCAGUCUCCUCUGCCGUCAGCAGCUCUGCUCAAAGCUCUUCUCAAACACCUCAAACUGUGACAGUGCCUCAGUUCUCUCUAGCUUCUGCCAUGCUGGAAAAUGAGUGGAGAAAAAUGGAGUGGGGCGAAGAGGCAAGAGAGAAACUGCUGGAGUCCGUCCGGUCCUUUAAACCAGCCAGCGAGAGUGUUUCUGAAGCCAGGAUUCUGCUCAUUGGUCCAGUCGGUGCUGGAAAGUCCAGUUUCAUCAGUUCGGUCCAAUCUGUCUUCUCUGGACGGGUCAUUAACAGAGCAAUGGUGGGCUCAUCGUCCUCCACCAGCUUCACCAAAAAGCUGCGCUCGUUCAACAUUACAGGGUCUAGAGAGAAGGCAGAUGAACCCAUGGCUCUGGUGUUGUGUGAUGUUAUGGGUGUUGGAGAAGGAGAAAGCACAGGACUGACUCUGCAUGACGCUCUGUCUGUCAUUAAAGGACACACGCCAGAGGGACACCAGUUCAGUCCUGAUCAGCCUGUCGGCGUAGAAACUGAGGGCUUCAUAAGGAGUCCCAGAACCAAAGAUAAAGUGCACUGUGUGGUGUUUGUGGUGGACGGAUCCAAAGUGGGUUCAUACGCAAAAAGCUUCGGCACCACCUUCCAGCAUUUAAGAGAACACAUCAGCAGCUUGGGUGUACACCAAGUGGCAUUAGUGACCCAUGCUGACCAAGUCUGUAAAGCGACAGGAAGUGACAUCAGCCAGGUUUACAGGAGCUUGACUCUUCAGCAGACAAUAGAGAAGGCUGGAGCUCUGCUGGGAAUGGCCACGUCCUACAUCGUCCCGGUGAAAAACUACAGCUCUGAGCUGGAUGUGGAUGAAAGCACUGAUAUUCUGCUGCUCAGGGCUGUAGAUCACAUCCUGCAAUACGCCAAUCUCUACUUUCUAGACAACAGCGAUUAAAGCAUUUCAGAAAACACACACAAAUGGCAAUGGACGAUAUGCACAGGAAGGGAUUUUCAGCCACUGAUAAGCUUACCGUGAAAGGUUUAUGUGACUAUUUUCAUUUUCAUACAGUUUCUUUUACAGCAUUGAUAAUGUCAUUUAAUUCAUAUAUAAGCAGUUAAAUAGACUUAAGUAGUCAUUUAGCUGUUUUAAGUGUAAAAUGGGAUGAAAGUCAGGAGCAGCAGAUUAGUGCAGAGACUCCAUUGAACAUACUGGGCUAAGGUAAAACAUGGUAUUAUGUUGGCUUGAGAAAACUAACAUACUGUUAUGCUACUUUGUCCUUGAAAACAAACGCAUCUCCUCCUAGGCCGUUCAUGCCACAAGGCCCAAAUG